AACAGCAAAGGGGAAUAAAUCUAGAAAGUGAUGUUCAACAAGCACAUGCAUAUGUGAUGAUCAUGUAUGUGGAUAGCUGACCAUCACAUCCAUUUCAUAUGUAGCUCUUACCCAAACUGCUGCCACAAAGCUAGAAGUGUCUAGAAUGUCUUUGUAUGCUGUAGCAUUAUAAUUUCCCUUCACUGGAACUAAGGAGACCAAACCUGCUCCAGCAUGACAAUGUCACAAUGCCCCUGUGCACAAAGAGAGGUCAAAAAGGCCAAGGUUGGUGAACUCUAUUGGUCUGCACAAAGCCCAUCAAACACCUCUGGUGUGAAUUUUUUUUUUUUUGGGCCCAAGACCCCCCUGCCCAGCCACCAACUUUGGGGGACCAUUAAGACUCUGGUGUGAAUUUUAAUGCUGAUUACACACUAGACCCACAUCAGUCCACAGUCUCUCUCGUGGCUGAAUGCCCAUGGUCUUGGAAUCGGAUGUUAAAGAAAUACAAAUAGGUUUGAUGGUCAGAUGUCCAAAUACUUUUGGCCAUCUACUGUAGAACCCUUUAAGGAUUUUAUAUUUAAACCUUUUUUCUAGGAGUGUAGGAUGGAGCAUGAGCUUGAGCGUGGCAGAAUGGCAGCAGUAGGAUCUUGAUGAGUGCAGAAGCUUAUGGGCCUCAGGUUGACCUCUAGGUCAAUAACGUUUAAUGUUUAAUUACGCAGUGAAUUGUACCUGCAACUGAAAAUAUAUAAGACAUCCUGCACGAGUGCACUGUAUAUAGUUCAUUAAUUAUCUAGCCAUGUACAGAUAUGACGUCCCUUUAUAAUCAAUAUAUUUCAUUUACAUUUAUUUCAGCAGACACUUUUAAAAGUGUCUAAAUUGGCUUACAAAAGGAAGAAUGUUUUUUUUUAAUCUUUUUUUUUUUUUUUUUUUUACAUAUUUGCCAUACUUUCCCUGUUUUAUUUAUUUUUUUAUCUCCUGCUCUAUAUUCUGGUUUUUCUUUAAUUAAUGAUCAAUAACUUUUUUUUUGCAAAUUGCAAAAUCACCUUCUGAAGUCUUUAUAAAGUAUAAAAAUGCGAUCUUAACCAUGUCAGUUUAGUCAAUAGAAUUGUUCAUUUACAUAUUAUUUUAUUAAAUUAUUUUAUUAUCGUAUUCAACUUGUCUUUAUAUAACUCAAUUAAAUGACUUAACAGUUUAUUAGGUGCAUUAAUCUGAAACAACAACAACAACAACAGCAGAUUUGCUUGAAUAUUGGUCAAAAGGAGUUAAAAAAUAAAUAAAAAGGAUGAGCAUUGGGUUGCUCAAUAACCUGACGUGAAAACAAAGGUGUAGAAAGGUGGUUUUACAUCUCAUUUCAUAGGCCCUUUUUUUUAAUGUCAUUUCUGAAGAAGUUCAAGUUCCUAUUUGAAGGAAAAUGUUCAAACAUGUGAGGAGGGGCCACGGUCUGUUUCCUACUGUUAGUUUUCUAGUCUAGACUCUAUGUAAGAAAAAAAAAAACACUGGAUGUCUGUGAUGUCAGUGUUUCAUGUCAUAAAUCUUUAGCACAAGGUGCGAUGUUCUCAGUUUGGCCAAGAGGAGUUUGUGGCAAGAGGAGACAUGUUAUACACAGACCUCAGACUGGUGAUGAUGAUGCCGAUGUGGAUUACAGUGAUGCUUUUUAAUAAAAUCGAUUCUGCACAGACAAACGAUGUCAGUCAGCCGAACCCAAUGAUCACUGCUGGUGUUGGUAAGAACGUGACUCUGCACUGCUUUAGACUGGGAGAGGAUAAGUCUGGAGCCAUCAUUUGGUACAAACAAAAAGUCGGACACGAGCCUUGUGUAAUGGUCACAGUUCAACAUGAAACUAAUUAUGAGGAUGAGUUCAAGUCACCUAGAUUCAGCAUCGAGAAAGAAAAAACAAGCUGCCAUUUGGUGAUUUCUAACGUGGAACCAUCAGAUGAAGCCGUGUAUUACUGUGCCUAUAGACAAUUUUUAACAAGGUUUGGAAAUGGAACAUUUUUAUCAGUGAAAGGUGAUGGAGAUGUAAAAGUGUCAGUGUUCCAGAGCGGCGUGUCGGACUCGGUUCCUGCAGGAGCGUCAGUGACUCUGCAGUGCUCGGUUCUCUCUGAGAGCAGAUCAGCAGAACUCCAAGUGCUCUGGUUCAGAGCUGCUCCACCACAAUCCCAUCCUCAAAUCAUUUACACUCAUCAUGACAGCAGCCAUCAGUGUGAGAGCGGCUCUUCUACACACACCUGUGUGUACAACUUCUCCAAGAACAUCCUCAGCCUCAGUGAUACUGGAACUUACUACUGCGCUGUGGCCGUGUGCGGGAAAAUCAUUUUUGGGAACGGGACACGAGUACAGUUGGAGAGAUCUGUGGAUCCUGUAGAGAUCUACCUCACUGUAGCGUUGGGACUGUGUGUGAUCGUGAUCUUUGCUUUGAUCUUUCUCAUAACCUGUGGAAGGAGACACUGUGAACAACGCAGGGUGAGACUCAAACAAGCUUCCGUGACAGACAAGACCCUCAAUCAGGACUGUGACAAUGCGGAGCUGAAUUACGCUGCCUUACAUUUCAAUGAGAGGAGAGCCAAACGAGGAAGAGUGAAGAAACAACAACCUCAAGAUGUUAUAUAUUCUGAUGUACGAGGUCUUUCUGUAACUUAGAUUUUAAUCAUGAAAAGCGAUAGUGAAUAAGGAAUAAAACAACUCGGGUGUGCUGUUUCUACUGAAAUUUAUUAUUUUUCUGUAACAGCACAUCCUGAAAUGUUUUAUAUAUUAUAUACUACAGCGAUUUGUAAAU